AGUGGAGUUAGCUGGGCUCCCUAUAUGGCUAUGGAUUAGCUAUAUGCUAAUACAGAUAGGGGGAAAGGAGCUGUACUGAUCCCAACGGGCUGCCGCCGCCAGUGGAGGCAAUCGGAGGCAGAGCAGAGCUGCUUCUUCCAGAGCCAUGGCUGAAGGGGGUGAAGGAGGGGAAGAUGAAAUACAGUUCCUACGAACUGAUGAUGAAGUGGUACUUCAAUGUGUUGCCAACAUUCACAAAGAACAGCGAAAGUUCUGUCUUGCUGCUGAAGGGCUUGGAAAUUGCCUGUGCUUUCUGGAACCAACUUCAGAAGCUAAAUAUGUCCCUCCUGACCUUUGCAUCUGUAACUUUGUACUGGAGCAGUCUUUAUCUGUCAGAGCCCUUCAAGAGAUGCUUGCCAAUUCAGGAGACAAUUCUAACGAAGGGGCAGCUCAAGGUGGUGGUCAUAGAACGCUGCUAUAUGGCCAUGCUAUACUACUUCGUCAUUCAUUCAGUGGAAUGUAUUUGACGUGUUUGACUACAUCAAGGUCUCAGACGGAUAAACUUGCAUUUGAUGUGGGACUACAAGAAAAUGCAGCAGGUGAAGCCUGCUGGUGGACUAUACAUCCUGCUUCUAAGCAAAGGUCUGAGGGAGAAAAGGUACGGAUUGGAGAUGAUCUUAUCCUGGUUAGCCUGUCCUCUGAAAGAUACCUGCAUCUCUCUGUAUCAUAUGGAAACAUACAGGUGGAUGCAUCCUUUAUGCAAACACUAUGGAAUGUGCACCCCACUUGUUCUGGAAGUAGCAUUGAAGAAGGAUACCUACUGGGUGGACAUGUGUUACGUUUAUUUCAUGGCCACGAUGAGUGUUUGACAAUUCCAUCUACAGAUCAGAAUGAUUCACCACACAAGAGGGUAUUUUAUGAAGCAGGAGGAGCUGGUGCACGUGCAAGGUCAUUAUGGAGAGUAGAACCCCUUCGAAUAAGCUGGAGUGGGAGUAACAUUCGCUGGGGACAGCCCUUUCGCCUUCGACAUAUUACUACAGGACAAUUUUUGGCCCUGACUGAAGACUUGGGUCUUGUCUUGUUGGACAAAGAAAAGGCAGACACAAAAGCAACUUCCUUUUGUUUUAGAGCAUCAAAGGAAAAACUGGAUUCUGCUCACAAACGUGAUAUAGAUGGCAUGGGAGUUCCUGAAAUAAAGUAUGGUGAUUCCAUUUGUUUUGUACAGCAUGUAACCAGUACUUUGUGGCUGACUUACAAAGCACAGGAUGCUAAAACAGUCCGUUUAGGACCACUGAAAAGAAAGGUUAUAUUACAUCAAGAAGGACACAUGGAUGAUGGUCUUACAUUACAAAGAUGUCAACAUGAAGAAUCCCAGGCUGCUCGAAUUAUACGCAACACAACAAGAUUAUUUAGUCAGUUUAUUAGUGGAAAUAACAGAACUCCAACUCCCAUUACCCUGCCUAUUGAAGAGGUUCUUCAGACUCUGCAAGACUUGAUUACAUAUUUUCUGCCUCCAGAAGAAGAGCUAGAACAUGAAGAUAAACAAAACAAACUUCGCUCACUCAAGAACAGACAAAAUCUGUUCAAAGAAGAGGGGAUGCUGGCACUGGUUUUGAACUGCAUUGAUCGCUUGAACGUCUACUAUAGUACUGCUCAUUUUACAGGGGUUGGCAGAGAGGAAAAUGGUACAGCAUGGAAAGAAAUUCUUAAUCUUCUUUAUAAAUUGCUAGCUGCUCUCAUUCGUGGUAACAGAAACAAUUGUGCUCAGUUUUCUAAUAAUCUAGACUGGUUAAUUAGUAAAUUGGACAGACUAGAAUCUUCUUCAGGUAUUUUGGAAGUGUUGCACUGCAUCUUGAUUGAAAGCCCAGAGGCUUUAAAUCUGAUAGAAGAAGGCCAUAUCAAAUCUGUCAUCUCAUUGCUGGAUAAGCAUGGACGCAACCAUAAGGUUCUUGAUGUACUUUGCUCUCUUUGUCUCUGUAAUGGAGUAGCAGUGCGUUCUAAUCAGAACUUAAUCUGUGACAAUCUUCUUCCUCGAAGAGAUCUACUUUUGCAAACACGGCUGGUGAAUGAUGUGACCAGUAUGAGGCCAAACAUAUUUCUGGGAAUUGCUGAAGGCUCAGCGCAGUAUAAGAAAUGGUACUUUGAACUAAUAAUUGAUCAAGUAGAUCCAUUUUUAAUGGCAGAACCUACACAUCUACGAGUUGGCUGGGCUUCAACAUCAGGCUAUGCUCCUUAUCCAGGAGGUGGGGAAGGAUGGGGAGGCAAUGGUGUUGGUGAUGACCUAUACUCAUAUGGCUUUGAUGGACUUCAUCUAUGGUCAGGUCGAGUAUCCAGAGCAGUUGCAUCUGUAAAUCAGCAUUUGCUAGCAUCUGAUGACGUGGUCAGCUGUUGCCUGGAUUUAGGGGCACCCAGCAUUUCUUUCCGCAUUAAUGGGCAGCCUGUGCAAGGAAUGUUUGAGAACUUUACCACUGAUGGACUUUUUUUCCCUGUGGUGAGCUUCUCAGCAGGUGUCAAAGUUCGUUUCUUAAUGGGUGGACGCCAUGGGGAGUUCAAGUUUUUACCUCCUACUGGCUAUGUGCCUUGCUAUGAAGCUUUGCUUCCAAAAGAGAAGAUGAAACUGGAACCAGUAAAAGAAUAUAAGAGAGAUUCUGAUGGAGUUAGAGAUUUGCUUGGUACCACACAGUUUCUUUCUCAAGCUAACUUUAUUCCUUGUCCAAUUGACACCAGCCAGAUAGUUUUGCCUCUUCAUCUUGAGAAGAUCAGGGACAAGCUUGCUGAAAAUAUCCAUGAACUCUGGGGAAUGAAUAAAAUAGAACUUGGUUGGACUUAUGGCAAGAUACGAGAUGAUAAUAAAAGACAACACCCUUGUCUGGUGGAAUUUUCAAAACUACCUGAAACAGAGAAGAACUAUAAUCUGCAAAUGUCAACAGAAACUUUGAAAACACUUCUGGCCCUUGGGUGCCAUGUAGUUCAUAUCAAUCCAGGAGCAGAGGAUGACCUUAAGAAAAUCAAACUUCCAAAGAAUUACAUGAUGUCAAAUGGCUAUAAACCAGCACCUCUAGAUCUUUCUGAAGUGAAAUUGUUACCUUCACAAGAAAUAUUGGUUGAUAAACUUGCAGAGAAUGCACAUACUGUCUGGGCAAAAGACAGAAUAAAACAAGGUUGGACUUAUGGCAAUCAGCAGGAUCUCAAAAACAAAAGAAAUCCUCGACUGGUGCCAUAUACAUUAUUAGAUGAACGUACUAAGAAAUCAAACAGAGAUAGUCUCCGUGAAGCUAUUCGUACCUUUGCUGGUUAUGGAUAUAGCAUUGAACCCCCAGAUCAAGAACUAGCUGUCCAAACAGUGGAAAAAGUGAGCAUUGACAAGAUACGUUUCUUCAGAGUAGAGCGGUCUUAUGCAGUUAAAACUGGGAAAUGGUACUUUGAAUUUGAAGCUGUAACUGGAGGAGAUAUGCGUGUUGGGUGGGCAAGGCCAGGCUGCCGGCCUGAUGUAGAAUUGGGAGCUGAUGACCAAGCAUUUGUGUUUGAAGGCAGCAAAGGUCAACGUUGGCAUCAAGGCAGUGGAUUCUUUGGACGAAAUUGGCAACCAGGAGAUGUCGUGGGCUGUAUGAUAAGCCUAGAUGACAAAUCAAUGAUUUUUACAUUGAAUGGGGAGUUGCUAAUCACCAAUAAAGGUUCAGAACUUGCUUUUGCUGACUUUGAAAUAGAGAAUGGUUUUGUCCCUAUAUGCUCAUUGGGUCUAUCUCAGAUUGGUCGCAUGAACUUUGGAAGAGAUGCCAGCACCUUCAAGUAUUAUACAAUGUGUGGACUUCAAGAAGGCUUUGAGCCUUUUGCUGUAAACAUGAACAGAGAAGUUGCCAUGUGGUUUAGCAAGCGUUUACCAACAUUUGUCAAUGUGCCUAAAAGCCAUCCCCAUAUUGAGGUUACAAGAAUUGAUGGAAAUAUUGACAGCCCACCACGCUUAAAAGUAACACACAAGACAUUUGGAACACAGAAUAGCAAUGCGGACAUGAUAUAUUGUCGCUUGAGCAUGCCAAUUGAAUUCCACUCAUCUUUUAACUACGGCACUAAUUUGGAACUUGUUGAUGGUUUCCAAAAAAGAAAACAAAACCAGGAGAUACAUGUUCAUGCCACAACAUACUAUUACUCAGUGCGAAUAUUUGCUGGACAAGACCCCUCUUCAGUCUGGAUUGGUUGGGUAACUCCUGACUACCACUUUUACAGUGAAUAUUUUGACCUAAAUAAGAACUGCACAGUAACAGUUACUUUGGGAGAUGAAAGAGGCAGAGUUCAUGAAAGUGUUAAACGUAGCAAUUGCUACCUGGUUUGGGGAGGAGAAACAUCUGUCAAUUCACAGAGAUCAGGUCGCAGUAAUGUUGAUUUAGAAAUUGGAUGCCUUGUUGAAUUGGCUACUGGGAUGUUGUCAUUCACAGCAAAUGGAAAAGAACUGGGAACUUUCUACCAGGUUGAACCAAACACAAAAUUAUUUCCAGCAGUUUUUUUACAGCCUACAAGCACAAACCUUAUACAGUUUGAACUGGGUAAAUUAAAGAACACUAUGCCUUUGUCAGCAGCAAUCUUUAAAAGUGAAGAAAGAAACCCUAUUCCUCAAUGCCCUCCUCGACUGGAUGUUCAAACAAUCACACCUGUUGUGUGGAGCAGGAUGCCAAAUAGGUUCCUGAAAGUAGAGGCUGAGCGGGUCAGUGACCGCCAUGGGUGGGUGGUGCAAUGUUUGGAACCUUUGCAGAUGAUGGCUCUCCAUAUUCCAGAAGAAAGCAGAUGUAUUGAUAUUUUGGAGCUAUGUGAACAAGAGGAUUUGAUGAAGUUCCACUAUCAUACUUUAAAACUGUAUAGUUCUGUUUGUGCACUGGGUAAUAACAGAGUAGCAUAUGCACUUUGUAGCCAUGUAGAUCUUUCUCAGUUAUUUUAUACAAUAGAUAAUCAAUAUUUGCCUGGACUCUUACGUUCUGGAUUCUAUGACUUGCUUAUCAGCAUUCAUUUAGAAUACUCCAAGGAAGCUAAGCUCAUGAUGAACAAUGAAUUUAUUAUUCCAAUUACAGAUGAAACCAGAAAAAUAAAAUUAUUUCCAGAUGAAUUAAAGAGACAUGGUUUGCCUGGAGUAGGACUUAGUACAUGCUUGAAGCCAGAUUUUAAGUUCUCUACUCCUUGUUUCAUUUUGUCUCAUGAAGAUCAUCAGAAACCUAGUCCAGAAAUACCACUUGAGAUACUUAAGUCCAAGGCUAUUAGCAUGCUGACAGAAGCAGUCUACUGCAGUGGAACUCAUAUACGAGACCCUGUUGGAGGGAAAGUUGAGUUCCAAUUUGUUCCAGUUCUUAAACUUAUAGGAACUUUACUCAUCAUGGGAGUUUUUGAUGACCAUGAUGUUAAACAAAUUUUGCUCCUCAUUGAUCCAUGUGUGUUUGGUGAGCUCAAGGAAGAAGCAAUGGAUAAAGCUGAGAAGGAAGAUGUUACACAGAUAGAAGAAAAAGCUGUAGAGGCUGGUGAAAAGCCAAUCAAGGAAACUAAGACUCCAAUAAAAGGCUUGCUGCAAACAAGAUUGCCUGAAUCUGUUAAACUCCAGAUGUGUGAGCUACUGAAUUAUUUCUGUGACUGUGAGCUCAAACACAGAGUGGAAGCCAUUGUAUCUUUUGCAGAUACUUAUGUCUCAAAGUUGCAGUAUAAUCAGAAAUACAGAUAUAAUGAACUCAUGCAAGCCUUGAAUAUGUCUGCUGCUUUGACUGCCAGGAAGACAAAAGAAUUUCGCUCUCCUCCACAAGAGCAAAUUAAUAUGUUGUUAAAUUUUCAACUGGGAGAGGAUUGUCCUUGUCCUGAAGAGAUUCGGGAAGAACUAUAUGAAUUUCAUGAUGAUCUCUUAAUCCACUGUGGUAUUCCAUUAGAAGAGGAGGAGGAGGAAGAUGAAGAUAUCUCAUGGACUGACAAACUUUGUUCAUUGAUAUACAAAAUAAAAGGUCCACCUAAAGCAGAAAAGAGAGAAACUACUGAGGAGGAACUAAAAUAUCCAACCACUUUGAAACAACUGAUAUCUCAAACUAUGGUGCGUUGGUCUCAAGAAGAUCAGAUCCAAGACCCAGAAUUAGUUCGUAUUAUGUUUAAUCUCCUUCGAAGGCAAUAUGAUAGUAUUGGUGAGCUGCUGCAGGCUCUGAGGAAGUCCUACACCAUAAGUGCCGCCUCUGUGCAGGAUACAAUCAAUUUAUUGGCAGCACUGGGUCAAAUUCGUUCCCUUCUCAGUGUCAGAAUGGGCAAAGAAGAGGAAUUGCUUAUGAUUAAUGGCCUAGGAGAUAUCAUGAACAACAAGGUAUUUUAUCAGCAUCCUAACUUAAUGAGAGUGCUGGGCAUGCAUGAGACUGUUAUGGAAGUAAUGGUAAACGUGCUUGGAGGAGACAGAUCUCAGAUUGCUUUUCCUAAAAUGGUGGCAAGUUGUUGUCGGUUUCUCUGCUAUUUCUGUCGAAUCAGUCGCCAGAACCAAAAGGCUAUGUUUGAACAUCUAAGUUACUUACUUGAAAAUAGCAGUGUGGGACUAGCCUCUCCUUCUAUGAGGGGUUCUACUCCACUAGAUGUAGCAGCUGCCUCUGUAAUGGACAAUAAUGAGCUUGCACUUGCACUGGAGGAGCCAGACCUAGAAAAGGUUGUAACCUACUUGGCAGGAUGUGGACUUCAGAGCUGCCCAAUGCUUUUAGCAACAGGAUAUCCUGACAUUGGCUGGAAUCCAAUAGAGGGAGAACGUUAUCUAUCAUUCUUAAGAUUUGCUGUUUUUGUUAAUGGAGAAAGUGUAGAGGAAAAUGCCAGUGUUGUUGUAAAGCUUCUUAUUCGACGCCCGGAAUGUUUUGGCCCAGCCCUUAGAGGAGAAGGAGGAAAUGGUUUGUUGGCUGCCAUGCAAGGAGCAAUAAAGAUCUCAGAGAACCCAGCUCUUGAUCUUCCCUCUCAGGGAUAUAAGAGAGAACUCAGUUUUGAAGAAGAUGAGGAAGAGGAAGAGAUUGUGCACAUGGGCAAUGCGAUUAUGUCUUUCUACUCUGCUCUUAUAGAUUUGCUUGGACGUUGUGCACCAGAAAUGCAUCUUAUCCAAACUGGAAAAGGUGAAGCUAUUAGAAUCCGAUCGAUCCUGCGCUCCCUGGUACCAACAGAAGAUUUGGUUGGUAUUAUAAGCAUACCGCUAAAACUGCCAACAGUAAACAAAGAUGGGACAGGCACUGAACCAGACAUGUCUGCAAGUUUCUGCCCUGAUCAUAAGGCACCCAUGGUUCUCUUUCUAGAUCGUGUCUAUGGUAUAAAAGACCAAAGCUUCCUUCUCCACCUCUUAGAGGUUGGAUUUUUACCAGAUUUAAGAGCAUGUGCCUCAUUGGAUACAGUUUCUUUGAGUACUACGGAGACAGCUCUUGCUCUGAACAGAUAUAUUUGCACAGCUGUGUUUCCAUUACUCACAAGGUGUGCUUCUCUCUUUUCGGGAACUGAGCAUUAUGUCUCCCUAAUUGAUUCCAUGCUUCAUACAAUAUAUCGACUAUCCAAAGGACGAUCUCUUACAAAAGCCCAAAGAGACACUAUUGAAGAAUGUUUGCUUGCUAUAUGUCAUCAUCUACGGCCUUCUAUGCUACAGCAGCUAUUGCGACGGCUAGUUUUUGAUGUACCUUUACUUAAUGAAUAUUGUAAAAUGCCACUCAAGCUUCUAACAAAUCACUAUGAGCAGUGCUGGAAAUAUUAUUGCUUGCCUUCAGGAUGGGGGAGUUAUGGAAUUGCAGCUGAAGAAGAGUUACAUUUAACUGAGAAACUUUUCUGGGGAACUUUUGAUUCUCUUUCUCAUAAGUUCCUAUCUCUCCUGCAGAAGUACGAUCCAGAGCUCUUCCGAAUGGCCUUGCCUUGUUUAAGUGCUAUAGCUGGGGCUUUGCCACCAGAUUAUUUAGACACUCGAAUUAUCUCAACUUUAGAAAAACAGACUUCAGUGGAUGCUGAAGGAAACUUUGAUCCCAAACCUAUCAACACAGUGAACUUUACUCUUCCUGAAAAGUUGGAGUAUAUUGUCAACAAGUAUGCUGAACAUACACAUGACAAAUGGGCCUAUGACAAGAGCAAUGGUGGAUGGAAAUAUGCUGCUUCACUCGAUGAAAAUAUAAAGACACAUCCUUCAAUAAGGCCUUUUAAAACAUUAACUGAAAAGGAGAAGGAAAUAUAUCGAUGGCCUGCCAGAGAAUCCCUUAAAACCAUGUUGGCAAUGGGAUGGAGUCUAGAAAGGACUAAAGAAGGCGAAUCAAUGGUACAACAGCGUGAAAAUGAAAAGCUCCGCAGCAUAUCACAAUCCAGUCAAGGAAAUGGAUACAGCCCAACACCACUUGAUCUUUCAAACGUUGUACUCUCCAGAGAACUCCAGGGAAUGGUUGAGGUCGUGGCAGAAAACUAUCAUAACAUUUGGGCUAAAAAGAAGAAAAUUGAACUGGAAAGCAAAGGUGGAGGUAGCCACCCAUUGUUGGUACCAUAUGACACUUUGACAGCUAAAGAAAAAUCUCGGGACAGAGAGAAAGCACAAGAACUGUUUAAAUUUCUUCUAGUUAAUGGCAUUGCCAUUUCUAGAGGUUUAAAUUAUGUGGAGUUGGAUGCUUCGUCAAUGGAAAAGAGGUUUGCCUAUAAAUUUCUGAAGAAGAUACUAAAAUAUGUUGACUCUGCUCAAGAAUUCAUUGCACAUUUAGAAGCCAUUGUUACCAGUGGAAAAACUGAGAAAUCCCCACAUGACCAAGAAAUUAAAUUCUUUGCCAAAGUUCUGCUACCAUUAGUUGACCAGUACUUUACCAAUCAUUGCCUGUACUUCCUCUCCUCCCCAACUAAGCCACUCAGCAGUAGUGGAUAUGCUUCAAAUAAAGAAAAAGAAAUGGUAGCAAGCCUUUUCUGCAAACUUGCUGCUCUUGUUAGACAUAGGAUUUCACUUUUUGGUAGUGAUGCUGCUACAAUGGUUAGCUGCCUGCACAUCUUAGCUCAAACACUAGAUACAAGAACUGUCAUGAAAUCAGGCUCAGAACUGGUUAAAGCAGGUUUGCGUGCCUUCUUUGAAAAUGCAGCUGAAGAUCUUGAGAAGACAUCAGAAAAUCUUAAACUUGGAAAAUUUACUCAUUCCCGAACACAAAUUAAAGGUGUCUCGCAGAAUAUCAACUAUACGACUGUGGCUUUGUUGCCCAUCUUAACAUCAAUCUUUGAACAUGUUGCUCAGCAUCAUUUUGGCACUGAUCUGCUUUUAGGGGAUGUCCAGGUUUCAUGUUAUAGAAUACUUUGUAGCCUUUACUCUCUUGGAACUGGAAAGAACAUCUAUGUUGAAAGGCAACGUCCAGCUCUUGGUGAAUGCUUAGCUUCCCUUGCAGCAGCAAUUCCAGUAGCCUUUCUUGAACCUUCCCUCAAUCUUUACAACCCACUCUCUGUCUUCAACACAAAAACUCCCAGAGAGAGAGCUAUUCUAGGUAUGCCCGAAACAGUAGAAGAAAUGUGUCCAGAAAUCCCUCAUUUAGAUGGCUUAAUGAAAGAAAUAAACAGCUUGGCAGAGUCUGGAGCCAGAUAUACUGAGAUGCCACAUGUGAUUGAGGUGAUCUUGCCCAUGUUGUGCAACUAUCUAUCAUACUGGUGGGAAAAAGGUCCUGAAAACAUUCCAGAAAGUGCUGGGCCCUGCUGCACAAUGGUAACCUCUGAGCAUCUCAGCAUAAUAUUGGGAAACAUUUUGAAAAUAAUCAACAACAACCUGGGAAUAGAUGAAGCAUCUUGGAUGAAGAGAAUAGCAGUGUAUGCUCAGCCAAUCAUUAGCAAAGCCAGGCCGGAUCUGUUGAAAAGUCAUUUUAUUCCAACUCUGGAAAAACUAAAGAAGAAAGCCAUAAAGAUAGUGAUGGAGGAGGAGCAACUGAAAGCAGACAGUAAAACUGAUACCCAAGAAGCAGAGCUCCUCAUUCUAGAUGAAUUUGCAGUUCUUUGCCGAGACCUUUAUGCUUUUUAUCCCAUGCUGAUCCGCUACGUAGACAACAACAGAUCAAACUGGCUUAAAAAACCAGAUGCAGAUUCUGAUGAACUUUUUCGAAUGGUAGCUGAAGUCUUCAUUCUAUGGUGUAAAUCACAUAAUUUCAAGAGAGAAGAACAAAAUUUUGUGAUUCAAAAUGAAAUCAACAAUUUGGCAUUUUUGACGGGAGACAGCAAAAGUAAGAUGUCAAAACAGAUUGCUCGGAGGGGAAUGGCCAUGCAAGUAAAGUCUGGAGGUCAUGAUCAAGAAAGAAAGAAAUCAAAGCGCAGAGGAGAUUUAUACUCGAUACAGACUUCUCUGAUUGUAUCUGCACUUAAAAAAAUGCUUCCCAUUGGAUUGAAUAUGUGUACUCCAGGAGAUCAAGAACUGAUUUCUCUUGCUAAGUCCAGAUUCAGCUGUAAAGAUACAGAAGAAGAAGUCAAAGAACAUUUACGUAAUAAUUUGCAUUUGCAGGAAAAGUCAGAGGACCCAGCAGUGAAAUGGCAGUUGAAUCUGUACAAAGAUGUCUUGAAAACUGAUGAGCCUGCUGAUCCUGAGAAAACUGUGGAACGUGUGCAAAGAAUUUCAGCAGCUGUCUAUCAUCUGGAACAGGUUGAGCAACCAUUAAGAUCAAAGAAAGCUGUUUGGCACAAACUUUUAUCAAAGCAACGUAAAAGAGCUGUUGUUGCUUGUUUCAGGAUGGCACCAUUGUAUAAUCUUCCAAGGCACCGCUCUAUUAACCUGUUCCUCCAUGGUUAUCAGAAAUAUUGGAUAGAAACAGAGGAAUAUUCUUUUGAGGAGAAACUAGUUCAGGAUUUGGCUGAGGUAUCUAUGAAAAAUUGCAAACAUUGUUCCUCUUUCCAGACCCCGCCAAAAAAUGGUGAGGAGGAGGAAGAAGAGACUGAAAAACAUCCUGAUCCUCUUCAUCAGAUUAUUCUUCAUUUCAGCCGCAAUGCUCUCACUGAAAGAAGCGAACUGGAAAAUGAUCCUUUAUACACUUCAUAUUCAGCAAUGAUGGCAAAGAGCUGUCAGAAUGAAGAAGUUGACGAAGAAGAAGAAGAAGAAGAAAAGGAGAAGACAUUUGAGGAAAAAGAAAUGGAAAAGCAGAAAACUCUUUAUCAGCAAUCUCGACUCCAUGAACGUGGAGCUGCUGAGAUGGUAUUACAAAUGAUUAGUGCCAGUAAAGGUGAAAUGGGCCACAUGGUAGUUGAAACCUUGAAACUUGGUAUUGCUGUUCUAAAUGGAGGCAACUCGGUUGUUCAGCAGAAAAUGUUGGACUAUCUAAAAGAGAAAAAAGAUGCAGGAUUUUUUCAAAGUCUUUCAGGCUUAAUGCAGUCUUGUAGUGUUCUUGACUUGAAUGCCUUUGAGAGACAAAAUAAAGCAGAAGGCCUUGGAAUGGUUACUGAAGAAGGAACACUCAUCGUACGUGAGCGUGGUGAGAAAGUACUACAGAAUGAUGAGUUUACUAAAGAUCUGUUUAGAUUUUUACAACUGCUGUGUGAAGGUCAUAACAAUGAUUUUCAAAACUAUCUACGCACUCAGAUGGGAAAUACUACAACAGUUAAUAUUAUUAUUAGCACAGUUGAUUAUCUCUUGCGUCUUCAGGAAUCAAUCAGUGAUUUCUAUUGGUAUUACUCUGGGAAAGAUGUGAUUGAUGAAUCUGGACAACGUAACUUCUCCAAAGCAUUAGCUGUAACCAAGCAGAUUUUUAAUUCACUUACUGAAUAUAUCCAGGGUCCUUGUAUAGGAAACCAGCAGAGCCUGGCUCACAGUAGACUGUGGGACGCAGUUGUUGGCUUCCUUCAUGUUUUUGCCAACAUGCAAAUGAAACUUUCACAGGAUUCCAGUCAGAUUGAAUUGCUGAAGGAGCUACUGGAUCUUCUGAAGGAUAUGGUGGUGAUGCUCUUGUCACUACUUGAAGGCAAUGUUGUAAAUGGCACAAUUGGAAAACAGAUGGUGGACACUCUGGUUGAAUCAUCUAGCAAUGUAGAAAUGAUCUUGAAGUUCUUUGACAUGUUUCUCAAAUUGAAAGAUUUAACCAGCUCAGAAGCCUUCAAAGAGUAUGACCCAGAAGGUAAAGGCAUAAUCUCAAAGAAGGAAUUCCAGAAAGCCAUGGAAGGUCAGAAGCAAUACACACAGUCAGAGAUUGAGUUCCUGCUGUCCUGUGCGGAAGCUGAUGAAAAUGACAUGUUUAACUAUGUUGAUUUUGUUGAAAGAUUUCAUGAACCAGCCAAAGAUAUUGGAUUUAAUGUGGCAGUGCUCUUAACAAACCUUUCAGAACACAUGCCAAAUGAUUCGCGACUUCAAACUUUAUUAGAUCCAGCAGAAAGUGUCCUUAAUUAUUUUGAACCUUACCUGGGACGCAUUGAGAUAAUAGGUGGUGCGAAGAAGAUAGAGCGAGUUUAUUUUGAAAUCAGUGAAUCCAGUAGGACGCAAUGGGAAAAGCCUCAAGUGAAAGAAUCAAAAAGACAAUUCAUUUUUGAUGUUGUAAACGAAGGUGGAGAACAAGAGAAAAUGGAACUUUUUGUAAACUUCUGCGAGGACACAAUUUUUGAAAUGCAAUUGGCAUCUCAGAUCUCGGAAUCAGAUACAGUUGACAGACCUGAAGGGGAGGGAGAGGAUGAGACUUGCUAUGUGAAGGAAGUUGGAGAAGAUGAGCGAGAAGAAAAUUCCCUUGAAUCAGCAUCAGCUUUUGCAAUGGCAUGUGUUACAGUAAAGAAAAAUGCUACCAUGAUUUUUAAAAUGAUUAGAUUAAAAAACCUAAGGAAACAGUACAGAAAAGUGAGAAAGAUGACUGUAAAAGAACUGGUAAAAGUGUCUGUUUCUUUUUUCUGGAUGCUGUUUGUAGGGUUCUUCCAAAUGCUUGUCACUGUAGUAUGGGGUCUUUUUCAGAUUCUUUGGAGUACUGUGUUUGGGGGUGGCCUAGUGGAAGGUGCCAAAAAUAUCAGAGUUACCAAAAUUCUAGGAGACAUGCCGGAUCCAACACAAUUCGGAAUCCAUGAUGAUGUCCUUGAAGCCGAGAAAGCUGAAGUUACAGAACAUGGCAUUACGGCUGAAAUUGUGCAAUUUGUAAAAAGUGAAAAGGGAGAAACUGACAUCUUGUCAGAUAUUUUUGGCAUUCAUUCGAAGAAAGAAAGUGGGUCAAAACAUGGUCAUGAUGUUGGCCUUGGGGAUAUUGCUGAUAUUGUUGGAUCAGAAACUCCCCCUUCUGUGGAAAGGACUAUUCGCAAGAAGAAGAAAACACAGGCAUCUGACAUUGCAAAGGAUGAUGAAUCAGAAGCAAGGACAGAAUCUGAGAAGGCUGACAUUGAGGAUGGUGAAAAACAAGAUAAAAUAAAAGAUGAUGAGUAUUCUGAAAAUUUGGAAAUUGAAGAACCCAGGAAAAGGAAACGAAGGCAUGGGCAAAAGAUAGAGAAACCUGAUGCAGUAAUGGCAAACUUUUUUAAAGUGUUGGAGAUUUAUCAGACAAAAAUGCUGCACUAUUUGGCCAGAAAUUUCUACAAUUUAAGAUUUCUUGCACUAUUUGUUGCGUUUGCUAUCAACUUUAUUCUGCUCUUCUACAAGGUGACAGAAGAGCCAUUUGAAGAACUGGAAGACGAUUCAGAUCUAUGGCAUUCUUUAGAUGAGGAUGAAGAGGGAGUGGUGUUCUUCGUCUUACAAGAGAGUACAGGCUAUAUGGCACCAACCCUGAGGGCUCUAGCUGUUGUUCAUACAGUCAUCUCUUUUGUAUGUGUUGUUGGAUACUACUGUCUGAAGGUUCCCUUAGUUGUUUUCAAGCGGGAGAAGGAUAUUGCAAGGAAAUUGGAAUUUGAUGGUCUAUACAUUACAGAGCAGCCUUCCGAAGAUGACAUUAAAGGACAAUGGGAUCGCCUAGUGAUUAACACUCCAUCUUUUCCUAAUAAUUAUUGGGACAAGUUUGUAAAACGAAAGGUUAUCAACAAGUAUGGUGAUUUAUAUGGAGCAGAACGCAUCGCAGAACUCUUAGGUCUGGACAAAAAUGCUCUUGACUUCAGUCCAGUGGAACAGACUGAACUAGAGGAAGCAACUCUUGUUUCAUGGUUAAGUUCUAUUGAUGCCAAAUACCAUAUCUGGAAGCUUGGUGUAGUUUUCACUGACAAUUCCUUCUUGUAUUUAGCUUGGUACACAACCAUGUCUAUCCUUGGCCACUACAACAACUUCUUCUUUGCUGCUCAUUUGCUUGAUAUUGCUAUGGGUUUUAAGACACUGCGUACCAUUCUAUCUUCUGUAACCCACAAUGGCAAACAGCUCGUGUUGACUGUGGGACUUCUGGCUGUAGUGGUGUACCUUUACACAGUUGUGGCAUUCAACUUCUUCCGCAAAUUCUAUAACAAAAGUGAAGAUGAGGAUGAGCCAGACAUGAAAUGUGAUGACAUGAUGACUUGUUACCUGUUCCAUAUGUAUGUGGGUGUAAGAGCAGGUGGAGGCAUCGGCGAUGAAAUUGAAGAUCCUGCAGGAGACCCUUAUGAAAUGUAUCGAAUUGUUUUUGAUAUCACAUUUUUCUUCUUUGUCAUUGUCAUCUUGCUGGCCAUUAUUCAAGGUCUAAUUAUUGAUGCCUUUGGUGAAUUAAGAGACCAGCAAGAGCAAGUCAAAGAAGAUAUGGAGACCAAAUGUUUUAUUUGUGGAAUUGGUAAUGACUAUUUUGACACAACUCCACAUGGAUUUGAAAUGCAUACUUUACAAGAACACAACCUGGCCAACUACCUGUUCUUUCUGAUGUAUCUCAUUAAUAAGGAUGAAACUGAGCACACUGGACAGGAAUCAUAUGUAUGGAAAAUGUAUCAAGAAAGAUGUUGGGAUUUCUUUCCAGCUGGAGACUGCUUCCGUAAACAGUAUGAAGAUCAACUUGGAUAAACAUAUGAAAGACGUUACUGCAUUCAGACUAUAAGAUCUAGACAAAAAUCUGACUGUUCUAAUUUAAUGGUAUAAUAUAGAUAUUAUAUAUAUUUAACUUCUCCAUAAAAUAGAUGAGUUUGCUUAGUUACUGGAGUAUCCAGAUGGGCUUUUUGCACCUGGCAGAAAACAGGCCUUAUAUUGUCUGGAUUUCAAUUUUCUUAUUGGAAAAGGACAAAGAAAUAUGCUUAAGCUUUGGUUUUAACCUAUCCCCUUAAUGGAAUAGGAAAUGGUACUGUUGAAAGGGCUACAUCAUAUUUUGUUACAUGCACAGCACCUGCAACUUAAGAACUUGAAUGUCAAGAAACAACACAAAUGAUUGACUCAUCAUGAUAUAACAAUAUUUCAACUAGCCCUGUUUCCACCACCUCACCCCAUUUCCUAUUAAUGUGUACACUUUUAAUUAUUUUGUGCUUAAAAGUUUUCCAAUACUGUAUUUCCCCCUAAAAUUCUAAUAAAAGUGCCUUAAAUCUUUGCAGACAUAGCUAUGCAAAUUUUGUGUUUUGUUUUUUGUUAAUGUUGGCAUUUUAGAUUGACAUUUUUGUUAUUUGGUUGUGUUGCUUUCCAGUCUAAUUGUACGAAAUACUUGAAAGUUAAUCAAUCACAUACUUGUACCAAUAACAGCUUAUUAGAUGCUACUGGUUAAAAAAUGUCUCACACUCUUACAAAAUUAAAUUUUAUGCCAAAUUUGAAAAAAAGCUUCAUGGUCAAUUAGUGCUAAAGUUGCUUAUGUUUAUGUGUUUUCCUUUGAAUAAAGGUGUCUAUUGCAAUAAAGAAUUUACAACCAAA